ACAGUGGAAGGACUAAACGCAAGUCACGUGAUGGCACUGAUGACGGUGAUGAUCCAACCAAAUUAGUUUCUCCGUCCAACGCCAGCGUCUGCAACCAAAAAAUCAACAUCAAACUCUAAUAAAAAGGCUUCUCCGACAAAGUCACCCAAGAAGUCUGAGAAAAGAACUCCGGCAAAACGAAAGUUAACCGAUCAUUUCAAACCGAUGCAAAAAAGUGACUUAACUGAAGAGAAACAAGUAAAGAAAGAAUCAAGAGAAGAACCUGAAAAGAAAACUCCAACAAAAAAAAGUGCUAGUCCUGUAAAGGCUGUUAAGCCAGACACCCAGAAGACUCCACAGAAAGAUGAUCCAAAAGAAAGUCCAAAGAAGAAAGCGAUGUUGGUGGAGAAGAAAAAAGCAGCGCCGAAAAAGAAGCCUGCGGGAAAACCCAUUAAAGUUAAAGUUGUUGCUAAGAAACUAAGCACCGUGUCAUCAAAGGAGGGGGUCAAAGUGAGCACCACACCCAAAAAACAAACGGCAACACCCAAAAAGCAAACAGCCACACCUAAAAAGCAAACCGCCACACCUAAAAAGCAAACCGCCACACCUAAAAAGGCAAUGACCACGCCUAAAAAAGAAACCCCAAAGAAAGCGACCCCUAAGAAAGCGACCCCGCGGAAGACCAGCCCCGUGAAGAAGGGCGCCAGCAAGCCUGCCACACCCAAGAAAGCAGCCACCACACCCAAAAAGACUGCAGCGACGCCCAAGAAAACUGGAGCCACGCCCAAGAAAACACCAAAGAAGACACCACAGAAACCGGCGGCAAAGGCACUCCAGAAGAAGAAGAAGACUCCUGCAAAGAAGACCUUGUCCUUAGCAGUCAAACCCAAGAAGGCUGGGUCAAAGGCUACUCCCAAGAAGGCACCUGCUAAGACUGCAUCCAAAGCCCCAUCAGCCAAGAAAACUCCUGUUAAGAAGACUACCUCACCUACCAAAGCUGCCAAAUCUCCCACAGCAUCAAGCAAGAAGCAACUGAAGCAAGCCACACUGUUUGACAUCACCAAGAGCCAGGCAGGGAAGAGGAAACCCAUCUAUGACAAAGAUAACUCCCAUAUCCAAUAUCGGCUCUCCCAGGCUCUACCAAGCCCAAGGCAGCCACCUAUUAUAUCAAAGUUACUGAGGGCUAAGAAACUGAACGAGAAGGUAGCCUAUGGGAAGCUACUGCGGAAAGCAGCUAAGAUCCUCUCAGAGAAAGAAUGCAAGAACCUUAGACCAGAGAUCAAAGAUGACGUGUGGCAGAAGUUCUCUGAAGGCCAGGCUAGGACCAGAUGGAAGCAAAUGACUCCAGAAGAACGUAAGAAGGAGCUGGAUGCCAAGAAAGAGGAGAGAAAGAAGAAGAGAUCGGAGGAGCGAGAAAAGAAGAUGGGAGAGGAGAGGAAGCUUAAGAUGGAAAAAGCAAAGCGUUUUGAGGACCAAGACUUGGACCUCUUACCUCUCCCGGUCCCUAAACCUGUUCCAAUGCCGGAUGGUCUACCUAACUCUCUUUUUGGAGACGUAGCAAUGGUGGUGGAAUUUCUUGACUGUUUCAACGGACUACUGAUGCCCAACGAUCCUUAUCCAGUAACAGCAGAUUCUCUGAUGAAAGCUCUUGUUUGUGGCAAGGAAGGCUUUGCAUACCUGGCCAGGGUACUGGUCAUUCUCCUCAAGACAUUACUGCAGGACAAGAUUGCUGAG